AUGACGGUAACCUCCCAGCCCCUCAGUAACCCGGCUGUUAGCAGCACGACCUCCCUGGCCACCCCAGUUUCCCGGCAACCCCGCUUACCUCCCCCGGAACGCUUCGCUGGAGAGUCAGGAACCUGUCGGGCAUUUCUCGCGCAGUGUUCUCUCAUCAUCGAGCUGCAGCCCUCCUCCUUCCCCUCGGACCACUCGAAGAUAGCUCUGGAGGAGUUCGUGGCAGAGGUGAAGAAGGUUUUUGAUUCUCCAUUGUCCAGGAAAGAGGCUGUCCGGAAGUUACUCCAGCUUCGGCAAGACUCCCGCAGUGUGGCAAACUAUGCGGUGGAUUUACGCACAAUGGAAGACCCAGGCUCACCGGUAGGGGCGAGUACUCUGGUGGACCAUACAGAUAACUUUUCCUCUCCCCUUACUCACAGCCCUUUCCAUGCCAUCCUGCUGUGGGGGAACCAGUCGAAAUAUCUCCGGGUGCUCAUCGACUCUGGGGCUGAUGAGAGUUUUAUGGAUGCUACCCUGGCAUCUGAGCUGAGCAUCCCCACUCAGUCCCUCUCCAUUCCCAUGGAUCGACACAAUCCCCUCAUUGACUGGACUGCUGGUGCUCUCAUGGGCUGGAGCCCAUUCUGCCAUGCCCAUUGCCUGAAGUCAGCGCAGCCUGCCCCGGGACGUCUUCCGGUGGGCUCAGAAGUUGCCCCGGACCUCUCUGCCAUACCCAGGGAGUACCAGGACCACCGGGAGGUUUUUUACACCAGGAUCUUCUUUGUGGAGAAGAAGGACAAAACCUUGCACCCGUGCAUCGACUACCGGGGCCUCAAUGACAUCACGGUGAAGAAUCGGCCUUCGAGCCACUCCAGGGGACCACCGUUUUCUCGAACGCCUACCACCUGGUGCGGAUACAUGGCCAGCAGUCACUACGAAUAUCUGGUCAUGCCAUUUGGCCUUACCAACGCUCCAGCUGUGUUCCAGGCCUUGGUCAAUUACGUUCUCCGUGACAUGUUGAACCGGUUGAAUCUUCGUCUACCUCGUUCGUGGUGGAGUCCGAUGCUUCGCAUGUCGGAGUGGGGGCAUGUCCUAUCCCAGCGUUCUGCCCUGGACCUCAAGUUACAUCCCUGCGCCUUUUUCUCCCAUCGCCUCAACACCACGGAGAGGAAUUACGAUGUGGGGAACCAUGAGUUUCUCGUGGUGAAGAUGGCAUUGGAGGAGUGGAGACACUGCCCCCACUCUUCCUGGAACAAGAGGAAGAGGUCGGCAUACCCUCGGCCCAGAUAUUACGUGUUUGUGACGCCAAUUGAGGUGGAUGCUCAGGGUGGGUAUGUGUCUCACGAUAUGCUGCGGCGAGGCCGGCAGAAGAGGUCCCUGCCGUCCAUGGGGGGCCCUGUACACUACAGACUAUCUGCCUUCGGGUGGGACAUGCACCUGGACUUACAGCCUUCCAUGGUAGUGGCAGAGGGCUUCACAGUACAGGUACUGGGGACAGAGGGCAUCACCACAUUGGCACAGGAGCCAGCCCAUCAGGACUGCUUGUAUCAGGGAUUUAUACGCAACCUCACAGCUUCCUCUGCAGCCAUAUCUACAUGUUCUGGCUUGUCAGGUCUGAUCCGGAUGUCUGAUGAUGAGUACUUCAUCGCCCCCUUGCCCCAGCACCUAGCUGCAGAACACAACUACAGCUCCCCGAGUGGACACCACCCACACGUGGUCUACAAACGCUCGGCUGAACACAAAGUCCAUGGUGGCCAGGGAUCUAUCCACAACUCGCAACCUGACAACCCAUAUCUACAGCACCAUCACCAGCAUCACCACGACUACCAGCACGGGAAGCUGCAGAGACAACACUUCUGUGGACGCCGCAAGCAAUACACUCCCAAGCCCCCUGCUGAGGAUCGUCUCGUCAUGCCUGAUGAGUUUGAGCUCCCAGGCAGGGCGAAGCGAUCACCCAUCACAUCGAACAAGGUGGGGGGCCUGAAUGUGGAAACGCUGGUGGUGGCAGACAGGAAGAUGCUGGAGAAACACGGCAGAGAGAACGUCACCACCUACGUCCUCACUGUUAUGAACAUGGUUUCCAGCCUUUUCAAAGACGGCACCAUCGGAACUGAUAUCAACAUUGUGGUGGUCAGCCUGCUUCUUCUAGAGCAAGAUCCACUCGGCCUGUCCAUCAACCACCACGCCGACCAGUCUCUCAACAGUUUCUGCCAGUGGCAGUCGGGCCUGAUCGGGAAGCGCCACGACCAUGCCGUGCUCCUCACCGGCCUGGACAUCUGCUCUUGGAAGAACGAGCCAUGUGACACCCUGGGUUUUGCUCCUAUAAGUGGAAUGUGUAGUAAAUACCGGAGCUGUACGAUUAAUGAAGACACAGGACUGGGCUUAGCUUUCACCAUCGCUCAUGAAUCGGGCCACAAUUUUGGGAUGAUCCAUGAUGGAGAGGGGAAUCCUUGUCGGAAAGCAGAAGGAAACAUCAUGUCUCCAACCCUGGCAGGAAACAACGGGGUCUUCUCCUGGUCUGCCUGUAGUCGCCAAUACCUCAGCCGCUUCCUUGGAACAGCUCAAGCAUCGUGUCUGGUGGAUGAGCCCAGGCAGAUUGGGCAGUAUAAAUACCCAGAGAAGCUCCCAGGCCAGCUUUAUGAUGCUGACACACAGUGCAAGUGGCAGUUUGGCUCCAAGGCUAAACUGUGCAACCUGGACUUUGUCAAGGACAUCUGUAAGUCACUGUGGUGCCACAGGACAGGUCACCGGUGUGAGACCAAGUUCAUGCCCGCUGCCGAGGGCACCAGCUGUGGGACUGACAUGUGGUGUCGGCGAGGCCAGUGUGUGAAGUAUGGUGACCACGGUCCGAGAGCUGUCAACGGUCAGUGGUCAGGAUGGUUUGAGUGGUCGGACUGUUCCAGGACCUGUGGGGGAGGGGUUAUGUACAGGGAGCGAUCCUGCAGCAGCCCCAGGCCACAACACAACGGGAAGUUUUGCCAGGGCUCCGCUCGUCUCAACCAGCUGUGUAACACAAAGCCGUGCCAGCCAAGCGGAGUGGACUUCCGUGCCCAGCAGUGUGCUGAGUACAACAGCAAACCCUUCAGGGGCUGGUACUACAAAUGGAAGCCCUACACCAAGGUGGAAGCUGAGGAUAUCUGCAAGCUGUACUGCAUCGCUGAGGACUUUGCCUUCUUCUUUGCCAUGGCCAGCAAAGUCAAGGAUGGGACAUCCUGCUCAGACCACAGAGGUGACGUGUGCAUCGAAGGAGUCUGUGAGCCGGUGGGUUGUGACCAGGUCCUGGGCUCUAAGGCAACUCUGGAUGCCUGUGGAGUUUGUAGAGGGGACAACUCCACCUGCAAGUUCUUCAAAGGCCAUUACGUCCUCCAGCACAGAGCAAACGAAUACUACGCCAUGGUGACCAUCCCACCUGGAGCACGGAGCAUCCAUGUUCAGGAGAUGGAGAUCUCCACCAGCUACCUGGCUGUACGCACCCUGAAGAGGAAGUACUAUCUGACAGGGGACUGGACAGUGGACUGGCCUGGAAAGUUCCAGUUCGGUGGGACGGUGUUUGACUAUCAGCGCUCUUUCAACCGCCCAGAGAGCCUGUACACGGCUGGACCCACUAAUGAGACCCUGGUCUUUGAAAUCCUGCUGCAGGGUAAGAACCCGGGUGUGGUGUGGGAGUACACCUUGCCUCGCAGUGAAAGGAAACCCAACUACACAUGGGGAGUGGUUCGCUCCGACUGCUCUGCCCCGUGUGCUGGAGGUCAGAUCUCGACAAAGGCCAUCUGUUUGCAAGAUCAGCGGACCCAAGUCAACUCGACACAGUGCAACCCUCAGACCAGACCAGUGCUCAGCUCUCACCUGUGCAACACGCAGCCCUGCCCAGCCUACUGGACGACAGGGAACUGGGGGCCCUGCAGUCAGUCCUGUGGGGGCGGCCAACAGACACGUCACCUCCAGUGCUUGCGCAAGGUGACGUACCAGCGGGAGGAGGUGGUGGCUCACUCCCUGUGCCCCGUCAUCGCCCCAGCCCAGGUGCAGCCUUGCCACACCCAGGCUUGCCCACCUGAGUGGAGCUCUGGGGCCUGGUCACAGUGUUCCAAGUCGUGUGGGCGUGGGAUGAGGAAGCGCGGCGUGUUCUGCAGAAGCACUGACCCCGGAGCAAAGGCUGUGGUGGUGCCGGACAGUAUGUGUAAGCCACACCUCAAACCCAAGGCCCAAGAGACUUGCGUUCUGCGUCGCUGCCCCAAAAAUGACCGGCUGCAGUGGUUCACAACACCCUGGGGCGAGUGCUCCACAUCCUGUGGCCCAGGUGUCAGAAGGAGAGAGCUGCGUUGUGGGGAGAGGGAUUCACAGGGGGACUACACAGACUUCCCUAUGAGAAGGUGCAGGAACCUUCCCAAACCCUCUGGGGAUCUCCAGCAGACCUGCAGCAGGGGGCCGUGCCCAGAGCCUCGACUUGUCGUCCCAGGAAGGACAGCCAGUGCAGUGGUCCUGGGCUGGUACUCUUCUCCUUGGCAGCAGUGUUCUGUAUCCUGUGGGGGAGGGGUACAGUCCCGUUCUAUCCAGUGUCUGAGACAGGGACGUCCUGCAGCUGGUUGCCUGAACCACCAGAGAUCUGUAACAUCCCGGGCCUGCAACACACACUUCUGUCCUGUCUCUCCGUCAGACGAACCGUCCUGUGUUGACUUCUUCAGCUGGUGUCACCUGGUUCCUCAGCACAGUGUGUGCAAUCACAAGUUCUACGGACAGCAGUGCUGCAAGUCCUGCAGUGGCAAAAAGAUAUAA